CUGCGCCCGCUUGCCCCCCAUUGAGAUCCCUGAACGUGGCUUUGUUAAGGAGCCAGAGCCGCAGGGGAUGCGUAUGCUAGGUUGGCCUAUGCUAGGUAGGCCUGCAGUAGUAGAUCAGAUCUCUAGUGGCUCACGGUUUCCCCCCGUCGUCCUCUCCGCCCUCUGCUCAUGAUUGGUUCACGAUGAAGGCAGGGCAGUAUAAAUUCUCAAAACUUACUUUACGCGUUCCUUUCGGAAGCACCUCCGCUGUUGCAGAGCCAACGUCAACAUGCCUGUCCUCAGAACUCUGAGCAAGGUCGCCAAGCAGGCACUGCUGGCUUCCCCAGGCUGUGGCUGCCAGCCCCUGACCGUGGCCGUGCGCAACAUAAGCUUCUCCCCGCGGCAGGUUACAUCCGACGCCAGCUUCCACUCUGUGUCCUUCUCGGAAACCGACCACCCCAAAGUCCUCAUCACGGGAGGACUGGGACAGCUUGGUGUGGGGCUGGCCAAGGUGUUGAGGAAGAGGUUUGGAAACAACAACGUCAUUCUGUCAGAUAUUAGGAAACCCCCUAGCCACGUCUUCCACAGUGGCCCGUUCAUCUACUCGGACAUCUUGGACUACAAGAAUCUCCGCGAGAUCGUGGUGAACAACCGCAUCACCUGGCUGGUUCACUACAGCGCCCUGCUCAGUGCCGUCGGGGAGGCCAACGUGCCCCUGGCCCGGGCCGUCAACAUCACUGGUCUUCACAACAUUCUGGACAUUGCGGCGGAACACGGCCUGCGUCUCUUUGUCCCCAGCACCAUCGGUGCCUUCGGGCCCACCUCACCCCGCAACCCAACGCCAGACCUGUGCAUCCAGCGGCCUCGCACCAUCUACGGUGUCUCCAAGGUCCACGCAGAGCUCAUGGGCGAGUACUACCACCAUCGCUAUGGCCUGGACUUCCGCUGUCUCCGCUACCCAGGAAUCAUCUCUGCUGACUCCCAGCCCGGCGGUGGAACGACGGACUACGCCGUCCAGAUCUUCCACGACGCCAUCAAGACGGGAAAGUUUGAGUGCAACCUGAGACCGGAUACGAGGCUUCCCAUGAUGUACAUCGACGACUGCCUCCGCGCCACCGUGGAGAUCAUGGAGUCCCCCGUAGACACGCUGUCCAUGAGGACGUACAACAUCAACGCCAUGAGCUUCACCCCAGAGGAACUGGCCCAGGAGGUCAUGAAGCAGCUCCCUGACCUGGAGGUCUCCUACGACGUCGACCAAGUGCGGCAAGCCAUCGCGGACAGCUGGCCUAUGAACUUUGACGACGACAACGCGCGGAGGGACUGGGGCUGGAAGCAUGACUACGACCUCCCCGAGCUCGUCCAGACCAUGUUCAACUACAUUGGCUCGGAAACGCGCCUCGCCCAAGUCAACUGAGUUCUGUGUGUCGCUGCGUGCAACGUUUAGCACUUGUGCUAGAGACUGAUCUCAAAGAAGUGGUGCGCGGAGAAGGCCCGGCCUGUACAUACUCUUUAUUCUCUUCUCCGCGUGCUUUGGGAUGUGGCUCUGCGUGUCUCAGACGAGGCGCCCGCUCUGUCUGGAAUCAGAAGGUUCUGCCACAGAGCGGGUUAGUCGACUGACGGCGCCAAACGCCUCCUAUUUUAAUGCUCUUCUCAGGUUCUUCGCCAGCCGUUUUUGCAUGGCCCUCUCUGGGUGGAUCUCGGUUACAGGUUGUCAAGGCGGGUAUAAGAGCAGGGCUAUUUUAAUACAAAAUGAACGGGGAGGAAGAUUUGACUGCUUGGCACGUUGCAAAGUUUAUUUAGGAAUGAUGAUAAUGGGGGAGGGGGGGGGGACAAGUGGAGUUUACCUUUUGGCUAUGCAUAAACGCUUGUAUCUCUUUCUCUUUGGCAGUGUAAUAUGGAGGGUCGUUAUCUAUUUAUUGAUAUUCUAGGACAUGGAAUAUUGGGGUAAUCUGGGCGGAAGUAAUUAAAAUGAGGAUCUAUUGAGCCUCUGCAGAAAGAUAAAUAAUCUGGAACUUAGACAUCGUGUCUGUCUAUUAAGUGCAACCGGGAGCAUCAGGGAAUCUUUUUUACUAGGCCACUUGCUUGUGCAUACAUUAUUUAUUGUCGGUGCCUCUAGUAGAUGAUGGGAGUAAAGUUGCAUACUUGUUACAGUUCAUUGUUAGACCUGGACCAUGAACCUCUUUUCAUAGAACUUAUUUAAUUUUUUUUUCCCUAAUGAUUCCAUAAGCCAACAACAUGAAAUAUUGUUUGUUUUGUUUUCCAGAUGUCUUGUUUCCCAAAAAAUUAUGUCAAUAUGGCAUUGUCAUUCGCUUGAAAUUCUGUCCAAAUGAAUGCAUCGCUUUCCAUGUGAAAGUCUUGUUCUGUUAUUUCACAAAAACUGAUCAUAAAAAACAAACAUUUUACAAA